GGCGAGAGUCAACAAAGAGAGCAGAAUCUGGAGGAAGUGGUGAGGAUCAGGAUGCUUCUGGAAGUCUGAGAAAGAAAAAGGAGAGGAAAUCAAGACUGUCCCUGCCCUCCUUAAGAGGCUCAAAGGUUAAGUUUCCUGAUGACACAAAGGGGAGGAUCGGUAUGCUUCCCAGUCGUACAUUAUCAAAGGAGUAUUUUUCAGAAACAAACCUGUCAACAGGAGACAGUGAAGAUGGAGAACAGAAUGGGAUGGAGUACCAAUGGUUUAACUUCUGUGACCAGAAAAAAACAGUGAAAACUAAAGUCAACCAACUGCUUAGAAAAACAUCCACUUCUUCUCCUGUGCUCGAGAAAAAGCACAUGAAUGGACACUUACCUCAGGAGUCAAAGGAUGAUGGCAUCAAGAAAAACUCCAUGCAACGGUCAGAGGAGGGGACUGUGUUGGAUAAUACCACUGGUGAAGAGGAAGGGGUAUCCACACAUGGAGAGAAGGGAAAAAAGAAGAUGAAAAUCGGGUUUGUGCCACACAGGGGAUUCACCAUCACAUUAGAAAAGAAUGAUGAUAAACUGAAGGGGGUGCAGGGGUCUAGACCUCGAGUGAGUUCAAAGGAGCUGCAAGAUGAAGUUUUCAGCCCGUCCAUUAAGAAGUCACAGGCUGCUGUCAUGGACGUUGAGCACAUGGAGAAAGCACACGGUCUUUCCUCUCCUGGACUAAAUGGAGAUAUUUAUGGAGUGGAAGACUGCAAACCUAAGAAGCAAGGAAAGCUGAAACUGCCACGCUUUCGUCAUAGCUCUCAGGAGUACAUGCUGGAUCGCUCCAGUCCUCAGAACAAGAAAAAGAGCUUCUCAGUGGAAGAGUUAAAUGAUGAACUAACCUGGAUGGAGGAUGGCAAACUGAAAAAACCCAAACACAAAGGUCCCAGUAAAUGUAACUCCAAGACCAUCUACAAUACAGCUGGACAGAGUGAACAGGAUGGGUUUGAGGAUGAACUUGCAGGAAAAGAGGUCAUGAGUCCUGCAGAGAUGUAUGACACAGAAGAUGAUGAAGCAGAUACCUGCAAACCGCAGACAAAGUCUUCAAAACCCAAAGGCAUCAAACACAAAACAAAGAGCAAAGCUGCGCUUCUAGAGGUUGAAGAUUCACCAGGGGCUACGUCUAGUGACUACCUGUCUGAGGCUGCUAAGGCAGAGUGGCUGGCUGCUCAGAGAGAUGAACGUACCAUUGCUGGUUUGGAGGAUGAAGAUGAGGAUGGGGAUACUGACAGUUUGAUGGAAUGGUGGUACACUGUGGAACAAUGGGAUGAGGUACCAUCAGACGAUGAGGACAUCAUAAACAAGGAUGAGUCAAAGUCAUUCACCAUCUUGGCGGACAAAGUUCAACGCGGCCUGUGCGUCUUCAACAAAGUCUUCACAGAGCGAGCUGAGGUCCUCUGGCAGUCCAUCAUCACACUCAACACUGUUGCCGAUGACAUCAAUGACUUCCACCACAAGGCCAGGAUUGCCGGCAUUACAGGCGGCACCACCACAGCUGUGGGUGGUGCAACAGCCAUUGCUGGUUUGGCUUUGGCACCCUUCACCUUUGGUGCCUCUCUUGUAGUUACAGCUGUUGGUGUGGGUGUGGCAGCAGCUGGUGGAAUUGCUUCAGCCUCAGCAGCCAUUUCAGAUAACGUUAACAACAUGAAUGACCGGAAGAAGGUGGAGACAGUGCUGAGGGAAUAUGAGGUUAACCUGCUGGACAUCGGUAAGAUCCUUCACUUUGUGAAUCAGGGCUUGUACAAACUCCGUGGCCAUCCUUUCCUCAGGUCUGGCACCCAACACUACUCUGAGGACUGGGAAAUCCGUAAGGCCGUGCAGAUGAUCGGCUUAGUCGACUUGUCAGUGAUGCGAGGGACAGAAGCGACAGACCAGGCUGUAGCCUCGAUCCAAGGGCUCUUCAAAGGCAUGGACAGGUACUUCAUCAAGGACACCCGGGAACUAAAGAAAGGCUGCAAGAAAGAGAUAGUGGGUCAAAUAAAGGCGGUGGCAAGUGUGCUUAAUGAUGCGGUGAUGGAGCUCAAUGGCAUCAGAGAGGAGAUACAGGAAGCUAUUGGACAGGUAUGAUGAUCAAGAACACUGAUCAAAGAACACCAGCACGCUCUGCUGGCUUGAUGAGGGAACUGUCAGACAUUUAAAGGCGCAUGUUUUAACAUCUCUGAGCAGCAGACUUAUAAGAAACACACCAAUCUCAAACAGUCCUGCAAAAACUAAGUGAAUCUUAUAGCGGUUAUUGUGUUUUGGGGAUAUUUUUUUUGUUUUCUUUUUUUCUCUUCAGAGACGACUUGACCUCAAAGUAACCAGAGUAUAUGGAGGAUUAUUUAUUUUAUGAUUAACACACACAGGGCCUGGUCAAAGUAACUAGAACAUGGACGCCUUUCUUUGAACACUGUAUGGAUUGUUUUGUGGGUAAAGGGUUUAAAUGUGUAUCGAACUAUAGUUUUGGUGGUCAACAGGUAGCUUAAUUUUAACCUUAAAUUUCUCUUUUUGGUCUAUACUUACAAUGGGAGAAUGGCAGAACCUUGCAAAUGCAUUCCAUUUCAGUAUUACCACAGCACACAACAAAAUGUAUAUGUAUUUUUGUAUGACUAUUGUAUAGUUUUUUUUUUGUUGUUAGCAUUUCCAUAUUAAAUAUUUUUGCAAAAGCUUUUGUAUCACUGGCUUCUGCCUACUGGUGAACUUUUUUUUUUUUAAAUGCAUGUCAUGUAAAAUUAUUGCACAAACUACUGGCUGUCAUUUGUUUGAAAGGUUUGAAAUUUUGUGCACAUGUAUGGCGAUUUAGCUUAAUGCUGAAUGCACGUUAUUGUUCCCCAUAGUUUUUCAGCAAAAAUCUGGAGGCGCUUUUGGUUAUGUACUGUAUAUGUGUUUGUGCAUGUCUGUGUAAAUACUGUUAUAGUCAACCUUAAAGAAUUUUAAAGUGUGUGUGUGUGUGUGUGUGUGCGUGCCUCUAAUCUGUUCACAACAGAACAUUAUAUUGUGAACCUUCUAAAAUAGUGUGCUCUGCUUGGUCUCAGACUGUCAGUACAUCUUCCUGCAUCAUUUUAAACUUAUUGUACAUGUA